AAAACUGGAAAAAUGCCCGCGGGAAUAAAUAGAGGGGAAUCUCGGUCGACCAACUCCCUGCCUCCAGAUCCCAUGGAGAUCAUCAGGAGCAAGACUUGUUCCAGAAGAGUAAAACUGAAUGUUGGGGGACUUGCACAUGAAGUACUUUGGAGAACCUUGGACCGGUUGCCGCGGACGCGACUGGGUAAGCUUCGAGAUUGCAAUACUCACGAAUCCCUUAUGGAGAGCUGUGAUGAUUACAAUUUGGAGGGAAACGAAUACUUUUUUGACCGUCAUCCCGGGGCUUUUACAUCUAUUUUGAAUUUUUAUCGCACGGGCAAGUUGCAUAUGAUGGAAGAGAUGUGCGCCCUGUCCUUCAGUCAGGAGCUUGACUACUGGGGAAUAGACGAGAUCUACCUGGAGUCCUGCUGUCAGGCCAGGUAUCAUCAGAAAAAGGAGCAAAUGAACGAGGAACUGAAACGAGAAGCUGAAACCUUGAGGGAUCGAGAGGGAGAAGAGUUUGAUAACACCUUCUGUGCAGAAAAAAGGAAGAAACUAUGGGACCUUUUAGAGAAGCCUAGCUCCUCGAUGGCUGCCAAGACCUUGGCAAUUAUAUCUAUUCUUUUCAUAGUAUUAUCAACAAUUGCCUUGUCCCUCAACACACUUCCUGAACUACAAGACAAAGAUGAAUUUGGACAGUUCACGGACAACCCACAGCUGGCUCAUGUCGAAGCCGUGUGCAUUGCAUGGUUCACCAUGGAAUACCUGUUGCGUUUCUUGUCAUCACCAAACAAAUGGAAGUUCUUUAAAGGUCCGCUGAAUGUCAUUGAUUUAUUAGCCAUUUUGCCAUAUUAUGUCACUAUUUUUCUCACAGAAUCCAACAAAAGUGUGCUUCAGUUCCAGAAUGUCAGACGAGUGGUUCAGAUUUUCCGGAUAAUGAGGAUAUUACGAAUUCUCAAACUAGCUAGACAUUCUACAGGCUUGCAGUCUCUGGGAUUCACACUUAGACGAAGUUAUAAUGAACUUGGACUGUUGAUUUUGUUCCUGGCUAUGGGCAUAAUGAUAUUUUCAAGUUUGGUGUUUUUUGCUGAAAAGGAUGAAGAUGACACUAAGUUCAAGAGCAUUCCUGCUUCUUUCUGGUGGGCCACUAUCACUAUGACAACUGUUGGGUAUGGUGACAUCUAUCCUAAAACCUUGUUGGGCAAGAUAGUUGGUGGACUGUGUUGUAUUGCAGGUGUGUUGGUGAUUGCACUUCCCAUACCAAUUAUUGUGAACAAUUUCUCAGAGUUCUACAAGGAACAGAAGAGACAGGAGAAAGCAAUAAAACGAAGAGAAGCACUUGAAAGAGCUAAGAGAAAUGGAAGCAUUGUUUCAAUGAACAUGAAAGACGCUUUUGCUCGCAGCAUAGAACUUAUGGAUAUUGUUGUUGAGAAAAAUGGAGAAAACAUGAGCAAAAGUGAAAAACUGCAGGAUGCUAGUCUAUCACCCAAGUGGAAAUGGGGAAAGCGGACUGUAUCCGAGACCAGCUCUAACAAAUCUCCUGAAACUAAAUACAAAGGACAAAGCUCUCCAGGAAAUGCAUGCACCCCAAUUGUUAGCCCACAACACUUAAAUGUACAGAAAUUGGAAGACAUGUACAGUAAAAUGGCAAAGACACAAUCUCAGCCCAAUAUGAACAUAAGUCAAAUGGGUCAAACAUACAGAGUCAGAACACAAAAUCAAAUAGAGAUGGAGAAAAUGUCUGGUCCUUCGGAUCCAUUAUUAAGCACACCAGAUGGGGUAGUGGAUAUGAGAAGUCUAUCUAGCAUAGACAGUUUCAUUAGCUGUGCUACAGAGUUUGCUGAUGCUGGGAAGUUUACUCACAGCCCUACAGUAAUACUGCCCAAUAAAGUGUAUGGGAACCCGGGACUUGAAAAAAUUCAGGAUCAAGAAUCACCAAUCUUUCCAGCUGAUAAUGCACCAAGCAUGCAAACUGCUACAGUACUAGAUGGCAGUUACCAUAAGAACCUUUUGGACAUCAAUACUAAUAACUCUUAUAACUCUGCGGUAGAUAAACACAGCAGCAUGUUUGUAGAAAGCGCUAAAGGCUCAACUAGACAAGGUAACCCCAUAAAAUCUAGAUCUCUCAAAGUAAACUUUAUGGAAAGUGAUAUCAAUACUGUUCAAAACACAAACGUAACAGCUCUGUCAGCAAUUGUGGACCCCAUUGUGGGUGGCUCUCAAAGCAUCACCAGUCCCAUGGAUGGUCCAUUACAUACAGGGAAACAUCUGCCUGGUGUAGAAGUUUCAACAGCUUGUUCUUCAACUGGAAUGAAACCUCCAGAAAACAUUAUGCCAAUGGCUUUUACUUUCCAUGAUGAUGGGGUAAAGAAGUACAUUGAUGCAGAUAGUGAUGAAGAAGAUCAGUCUCUGGAUGGAAGGAACACCUCUGGACCAACAAGUCUCACCUACCAUAUCAUCAACAGUGACUGCCCUAGUAAGAGGGAUGGUGUCUCCCGAAAGGAUGGAAAUUAUUUGGAAGAAUCUGGUGUGGUUUCGACAGCGAAGCACUUUGGACAAAACUGCAUGUACAGUAUGGAAAGUGUAACUGAUAUAGUUAAGAAAAGUGGUAACCAAGAAGGAAACAAGUUGGACAACCACAUCUCACCAGAGAUUCAUGUGACAUAUGGUGAAAGUGGCUGUUCCACUGUAUACGAUGACAACAUCUGA